CUGGUUUCCGAACGUACUGUCAUGUCACUUGAUCUGUGAUCAUCUGUCAAAUCAAACAGAGAAUAUUUACGUCAGCCACGUUGGAAGUGCCAAGUUGGUGUUUUUAUGUGAGCCAGUGUUGUGAAGAUGAAAGUGAAGGAGCUGAAGAAGACGGUGAACGUGUGCUGGUCGCCGGCUGACCACUACCCCGUGACGAUCGCGGCCGGCUCGGCAGCGCAGCAGGUUGACUCGUCGUUUAGCUCGAGCUCCUACUUAGAGCUCUAUUCUUUGAAUUUGGAAGACCCUGGACUUGAUUUAGAGCUUAAAUCUAGUUUGCAGACAGAGCACAAAUUCCAUAAGAUAGUAUGGUCAGGCGCAGGUGUGCUGGUCGGAGGCUGUGAUGGUGGUCUCCUGCAGUUCUACAGUGCUGACAAACUGCUCAACAAUGCCACAGAUGCACUCCUUGGCAGCAACAAUAAACAUAGUGGCCAUGUAUCAGCCUUGGACAUCAACCCUUACCAGAAGAACUUGCUUGCCUCCGGAGCGUCGGAGAGCGAGAUCUUCAUAUGGGACCUGAACAACACCAGCCAGCCCAUGGCGCCUGGCAACAGGAACCAACCUUAUGAUCAUGUGCAGGGCUUGGCUUGGAACCAACAGGUGCAACACAUUCUCGGAUCGACAUUUUCAACCAGAUGCGUUGUGUGGGAUUUGCGAAAGAAUGAACCGAUCAUGAAACUCAGUGAUUCUCAGUCCCGCACUCGCUGGCGGUCGCUGGCGUGGCACCCGUCCGUCGCCACUCAGCUGUGCAUCGCCUCUGAAGACGACCAGGUGCCCGUCAUACAACUGUGGGACUUGAGACUGGCGGCGUCUCCGCUGGUGACGCUGGAGGGUCACCAGAAGGGCGUGACGGCGGUGUCGUGGUCGCGGCGUGACGCAGACCUGCUGCUGUCCGCCGGCCGCGACGGACGAGUGCUCUGCUGGAACCCUAAUAAUACUAAACCAGGUGGCGAGCUGCUGUCGGAGAUCAGUCAGCAGCAGCAGUGGGUGUUCGACGUGUCGUGGUGCCCGCGGGACCCGUCGCUGCUGGUCAGCGCCAGCUUCGACCAGCAGCUCGCCGUGCACAGCCUGCUCGGCGGAGAACGACCUGAUAUCACGACCCACACGUCUAGCAACAUAAUGGACUCAUUCGGCGGUCUGGACACGUUCAGCGCUCUGCCCGCCGUCACCCGCGCCGCCGCGCCCGCGCCAACGCCCAAGCAGCAGCUGCCGAGGCCGCCCAGCUGGCUCAAGAGACCUGUCGCUGCUAAGUUUGCUUUUGGCGGUAAAUUAGUAACAUUCGAGAAAUGCCCUCAAGAAGCCGGUCCACAGAAACUGGUUCAUAUAAGCCAGGUGGUAAGUGAGCCGGAAAUAGUCGAAAAGGCGACAGAACUGGACGCUGUAUUAGAAGCCAGCCUCAGUCACGAUCCCUCCGCUAUCGAAAGACUUGCCGAGUACUGUCGACAAAAAGGAGACGAGGCUACAGACCAAAAUGAACGUUACACAUGGUUCUUCUUACGUGCUAACUUCUUACCAACGUUCUCUAGUGAAGUACUCAAUUUGUUGGGUUUCAAACAAGACGAGAUCAUAUCGAAGUUCAAAACUUCCAACGUGGCGUCCGGAGACAACGCUCAGCCCGAUGUCGCUGCUUUAAGUAGAGGCGAGUCCACGGAGACGGAGGCCGAGUUGUCUACCGACACCAGCACUGACCUAUCUGAUGCGCAUACGCUGAUCGAGCGCAAACUAGCCAAUCUCGACUUGGCACCCACUGCUACCAACGUCGUCAUUCCAAAUGGAGAAGACUCAACGAGUCUGAUCUGCCGUGCCCUGGUGUCGGGCAGCUGGGAGGAGGCGGUGGAGCUGUGCCUCGAAGCCAACCGCGUGGCCGACGCGCUCGUCAUCGCCUGGUCCGCGAGCCCGGAGCUGCUGUUCAAGGUGCAGAAGUACCACAUCAACAGCACUGCGGGCCAGCCCGUCUCCCUGCUGUGCGGCAGCCUGCUGCUGGCGCGGUGGGAGGCGCUGGUGGCGGGCGCGGCGCCGCACAGCUGGCGCGAGACGCUCGCCGCGCUGCUCACGCACUGUGACGCCGACUCGGCCAGCACGUAUUGCGAAAUGCUGGGCGACAAGUUAUCGAAGGAGUCGGACCCGGCACUGUCCGAGGCGGCGACGAUCUGCUACCUGUGCGCGAUGUCGCCGGAGCAGCUGGUGUGGCGCUGGGCGCGGGCGCGGCGCGGCGCGGCGGCGCUGGCGGCACUGACAGAGCGAGCACUGCUCGCCAGGAGAGCGGCCCUCGCUCGCGGCAGACCCGUGCCUGCGGGUGGCAAGCUGGAGACAGUUCUGAACGAGUACGCGUCUAGGUUAGCAUCGCAGGGAUGCCUGCAGAGCGCGCUGAACACAUUGGAAGGUAUUCAGCACACUGAGCUGCGAGACCGACUCAUGCAUGCUCUUGGACUCGUGCAGCAGACCCGGCCUGCCCAUCAACAGCAGCCGGGUCGCGGUCACUCUGGUCUGCCGCCGCGACGAACGCAUCCUUCACACUCCGAACAAAACUAUGGCCCCGCAGUCCCACAGCCAUACGACCAGCCGUGGUCACAGCCCCCAAUGCCUACAGUUCAGCCGCACGCACAACGCCCAGGCUUCCCGCAACUACAGCCGUUCCAACCGCAACCCGUGCAACCGUUGCCACCGCAACCCGUGCAACCGUUGCAACCGCUACCCGUGCAGCAACCAACAGUACAACCGCCAGUUUUGCAGCCAUCGCAACCGCCUAGGCCGGGCAGUGUUGGACCUACGUCCGGUAUUGGCUCCCGAUCAAAAUACAAGGUGGACCCAUCCGUGCAAUCAGCGCCGCUAUACAACCAGUACAGCUUCAACAACCCCGUGACGUCACAGCCGUACGGCGGGUACAACAGCCCGCUGCCCGAGCAGUACGGCGCCACCAGUGUGCCUGCAUACACCCAGCCCGGCAUCAACCAGGGACUGAUGAACCAGGUGGGUCGGUACAGCUUCAACAACCCCGUGACGUCACAGCCGUACGGCGGGUACAACAGCCCGCUGCCCGAGCAGUACGGCGCCACCAGUGUGCCUGCAUACACCCAGCCCGGCAUCAACCAGGGACUGAUGAACCAGGUGGGUCGGUACAGCUUCAACAACCCCGUGACGUCACAGCCGUACGGCGGGUACAACAGCCCGCUGCCCGAGCAGUACGGCGCCACCAGUGUGCCUGCAUACACCCAGCCCGGCAUCAACCAGGGACUGAUGAACCAGGUACCUCAACCGGCCCCAUUCCCGGCGGCGCCAGUAUCGACGCCGCUGCAGGUGUCGCAGCCAGCGCCGGCCGUGAACGGCACGUACUACGGCACGGAGGCGGCGCCUUCCAAACCCGUCCCGCCGGGCUGGAACGACCCGCCCAUGAUGUCUUCUAAACCUAAGCCAAAGCAAGAAGUGACAGCGCAAGCGCCGAUCACUCACCCACUGUUCGGCGUAGAGCCCCCGCAGCACGUGCCGCUGGCGGGACAGUACAACCAGCAGUACCCUCAGCAAUAUGGUCAGCAGUAUGGACAGUACCCCAACCAGUAUCAGGACCAAUACCAGGCUAAUAUGGCGCCCGCUUAUCCUCAGAAGACGGAGAGCCCAGCGCCCGUAGAACCAGCGGCGCCGGUGCAGAAGGGCCCGCUGCCCGACCAGCACGUCGUGCUGCAAAAUGUGUUCGACGCGCUCAGGGCAGAGUGCUCCAACAGGGCUACUAACCCGCAAAUGAAGAGAAAAUUAGAAGAUGUCCAGAGAAGGCUAGAGACUCUUUAUGAUAUGUUACGCGAAUACAAACUAUCAGAGUCCGCCACGUCAGCCCUACACUCGUGCUGCGAGUACAUCCAGGGCGGCAACCACGCGGGCGCGCUGGCGGUGGCGACGUCCCUGGCGACGGGCGCGGACUUCGCGGCCGCCGCGUCGUUCCUGCCGGGGCUCAAGUCGCUGUGUCAGCUCGCGCAGCAGCUGCAGGUCUACGUCAGCUGAACUGCUUCCGUCGCUGGGAUCCUAGUACAUCGAUAGCAUAAGCGUCAGUUUUAAAACAACUGUUCAGGGGACUGAUUCUGCUAAUUUUACUUAAGCGAUUGAUAUCCAACUAAGAUUCAAGACCAAUUGAAAACCAAUGAAAAGUCAUUGGAAUACUACUGGUCUUAUAUUAGUAGCGGAAUGCCCACUAAGGUUAAAACUGCUAUAGAGAUUCAAUUUAUUGUUAUCUAAUUUUCACAUUAUUAACUUAGCAGAAACAAGCCCCUGUAGUAACUAUGAAUUUGCUGACUUUUUACGUUCAGUUUUCAAAGGAAACAGUUGUUUUAAGAAAGAUGUUUAUGUUUUCGGUUAACUUGAGCUUUUACACCUGUAUGAAGUUAAAUUAAUAUUAUAUUGUACUAUGUAGCUGUUGCCCGCGGUUUCAUCUGUGUUUGGGGGUAGGGUUAAAAUGUUGGCUAUUUGUUAUUGCUUGACAGUAACAAGUAUCCAAAUUUCAAAAGUUUCACGUUUAUUGUGUAAUGAUUAGUUUAUUUGCACGGCUAGUUGUAGAGUUUGGUAAGGAUAAUGUUUAUCCAGGCAUCUAAAGUGUAGGAUGGUGAAACUGCGGGUAAUAGCUGAUAUGUUAUACUUAUGAUUCUUGUACUUGUCUACGAAAUUGCAUCAUUUUUAAACUGUUUUGUGAUUUUAAUAAAAACUAAACAAUUGACAGUUUUUUUACUGUCUUUGUUAUAUAAGUGAGUCUGGCUAUCAAAGUCAAUGCAAUAUAACAUCAGUACAAAUGAAAGACGACUGUAAACUUGAGUUUUGAACUUUUAAAUAAAAAUCACAGUUCACAAUUGAUGCAAUUUUGAGACACAAUUCAACUGAAACGUUCUAUGUCUUCUGACAUACCCACAUGAUAUUCACGUGCCUUCAAUGGCAACACUCCAAUUAACUGCAAUGGCAACACUAUUUAUAAGACGUCAAAUUUGACGUAUGGAACGUUGCAGUUGUGAAAAGUCUUCGUUUUUGAUACAUUCGUACUUUAUUAUGACUAAAAUCAAUUGAAGACUCCACUCUGUGGCCUCGUUAAGGUAAAUUAAUACUAUAAUUAUAAUAAUAUAUUAAAUAUUAAUUAACUUAUACACACAGCUGAUGGAUGAUCUGUAAGGACUGCUCGGAGAUGUAUUUAACUUUCAUAUCAAACAUAAUAAUAUUUAUUUUUCUGUAUGAAUUAUUUUAGCGUGUUUUGCUAAUGUUUUUGCAUAGUAUUAUUUGAUUGUCACUCUUUAUCUCUGUAAUUGUUAUAUCACCUUUUUCACUAUACCUAGUAAGUAAAGAUAUCAUUAUAACACUGCUUUAUAUUGAGCACUUGUUGUAAAGCACAAUAGCACUAUUAUCAAACUAUUUGGCCUCUUAUGAAAAAUGUACUCAGCCAUAGCCGCAUACACAUACCUAUUAUUUAUGUACAACCUUCCAGUACAUAGGUUUUCUUCCCUUUAUUUAUUGUAUCGUAUCGUUAAUUAAAUAAUACUAUGCAGCAAGUACCUAUGGUCUCACUGGAAAUUCUUUGUGUGUUCGUCUGUUCGUCAUAUUCCUAACUACUGAUAUCCAAAGACACACAAAUAAUAAUGUUCUAAUUGAUUAAUGUUUAUUGUAAUGUGUGAGUCGUGUACGAGCUCUGUUGCUAAUAUAUAACUUAAUAUAAAUAAUACUGUAUUAUAGAAUUAUAUUAUUGAUGAAAAUAUAUUUUUUAGAAAAAUA